AUUAGCGCCACAGGCGUCAAUCAUGGAUGUAGCAGAACGCCAGCCAGCUUGCAGCCCUACAGCCCCGCCAUGAAGCCUCUGGCGCACAGUCUGACGACAUCAUCCUUCGCUAUCGCUUUUUUCUAUGCUCACUUGGCUCCUCUACUGUUCGCACGAUAGAAAUUUCAUAAACUGUUUUGCUACUAUAGAGUGUUCUGCACAUUCGUCGUCUUCAUUGUCGCCCUUGGGUACCGCUUGUUUACCCCUCACGAUGCCCCUCCGCAUAGGCGGUGCCAGCAAAACCACAACCAAAACGGAUCCCCCCGAGAACGUCCCUGAACCCGAAACCUUCAACGACGGCCUUCCACUCCCCAAGAUCCUCAUCUUCGACCUUGACUACACAUUAUGGCCGUUCUGGGUAGACACACACGUCACGCCGCCACUCAAGGGCCAGGAAGGCGGUCUGUCAGUCAAGGACCGGUAUGGCGAAGGGUUCGGGUUCUACAGUGAAGUCGGAGGGAUCCUAGACGCUGCUCGUGCAAAGAACAUCAAAAUCGCCGCUGCGUCGCGCACCUCCUCGCCCGAACUUGCGCGCGAAAUGCUCAGACUACUGCGCAUUCCACGCGCUGCCGCCGCCGCUGCCGCUGCCGCAGACGGCUCCUCCUCAUCUUCCUCCUCCGAACACGCGGGCAAAUUCUUCGACUACAAGGAAAUAUACCCGGGGGACAAGAAGACGCACAUGGCGCAGAUCAAGAAGAACAGCGGGCUCGAGUACGCGGAUAUGCUGUUCUUCGACGACGAGAGCAGGAAUAAGAAUGUGGAGCAGUUGGGUGUGGUGAUGAGGCUGGUGCGGGAUGGUGUGACGCGGGCGGAGAUUGAUGAGGGUGUGAGGAUGUGGAGGAGGAAGAAUCACAGGAUGGGCUCGUGAGGAUGGGAGUGGCGGUUUGGGAUCAGGUCAGGUUGGGACCGGAAGGUCGGGUCGAAGGGAAAUGAUGAAAUGGCUGAGGAUCUGAACCGGGUCCUAGAGGUUGGAAGGCUGGAUGUAUCGACUCUGCGGUGCUUGGGAGUAGGGCCGAUAGACUCUCUUGCAAAGAUCCAUGUACGUAUACCAGGAAACACCACACUGCAUCAAAAUAAGG